GCCGCCAUGUCUCUGUCUCUCAGCCGAAUCUGGCUCUCGAAGUCGAAGCUAUCUGUCCGGAGACACCUCCUCACCGCUCGGUGCUUCUCUGAUUUCUUAUCUGAAGUUGAACCUUGUGGAUAUACUUCGAGAGAUGGAGAUGUUGGAAGUCUAGCCAUUUUUCAGCUAUGCCAGAGGGGCAGAGUUCAAGGAAAAGAAGGCGCCUAUGGAGUUAUUUAAGGAGAUGGGAACCAUAGGAGCAUCCCAUGGCUGGGUAGCAACUUUGAAGAAUGGGGUCGUGCGUCUUCAAGAUGACCUAGACCGGAAUGCAUCGGAUACAGACCCAAAACGCAUUCCCCUGCCUCCUCUUGAAACUCUGCCGUAUUGUCAGACCCAAAUUGUAACCAACGUGGCCAUGUCCUCCUCUUCUCCCGAGGAUGAAGACUGCAUCGUAGCUAUCAAGUUCUUGGGACCUCAACUCAGCUUGUGCAGGCCUGCUCAGAGAAAUUGCGAGUGGACCAACAUCAGGAUCACAGACCCCAGCUUCUACUCCUCCCAUGUAAUGUACUCCAAGAAAGAUGAGAUGUUCUCGAUGCCCGCUUCUGGGGGCAACUACACAGGAUCAUGGGAUCUUGGGAGACACAGGGACAAACCGAAGCUGCAGAUGCUGUGGUAUCCAGAACUGAGAAAGUCCGAGUGGAAUCUGUUGGACUCGUGUUGCAGGAUGGAGCACUACUUAGUGGAGUCGUCACACACAGGCGAGACUUUUAUGGUGAAAUGGUUCUCAGAGAGCAACCCUCUUUUGAAGGGGAGAGUGGAGUGGGACUACUUCCAUGUGUUGAGGCUAGACAAGGAAGGAAAGGCUGUCAAUACUAAAGACUUUGGAGGUAUCUGCAUUUUCCUCUCUAAGGCCGAACCUUUUUGUCUCCCGGCUGCUUGCUUAUAUGACCAGCGCCCAAACUGCGUCUAUCACUUAGGCAACCACAACAUGGGUAGACACUGCAUGGAUGAUGAAGAGUACGUGACGACGGGUGUAGACAGAACUUUCCCGGCUCCUUACUGGUUUCCACCAAAACUAGACUAAUAUAUGAUU